AUGUUCAUGUCUAGAAAACGCCUAGCUACCGCCCGAGGAAAAGCCCCAGCUAGAAAUCAAAAUGAUGCACCCGACAUUCCAAGAUUUCGGGAUGCCACGGCGGCCGAAAAUUACAUGAAAAGCCUGCCUAGAAAGGUUGCAUCCACCAAAUUUGUGUGCAAAUCCACGCUUAUCUCAUUUGGGGUUCUUGAAGGGGUCACCCAAUUGUUCCCUAACAUCGGGUGGGAAAACCUUCUCAAUCUCAUGGUACACACUUACGAGCUCCCCGUUAUAGAGUUUCUUUCCGAUUGCCGGUUAGAUAACAAAAACAAAAAAGCCGCAUUCCAACUUCUAGAGGACCGAAGGUACAUUGAUUUUGCAGUAAUAAACGACAUCUUGGGCUUGUCCUCUUCGAACACAUCCACGGUUUUCAACGUCUUACCUGCCGAGUUCAACCAUGAGACCUUUUGGACAGAAAUCACUAGGGGUAUUUUUAUAUGUGCCGGUCAGGAUAAACCAACCUCCAUCAUUCAACCGUGCCUCCGUAUUUCGCAUCGCAUCUUGGUGUGCACUGUCUUUGCCCGUAAAGAAGCCGCCAGUGGUUUUGUCACCCUUUUAGCCCGUGGUCUUGUUAUCAAAGUUCUAGAUGAAUGCCAGCCUGUUGACAAUAAAACUCUUUUGGAUGAACGUGCUCUCACAAAUACGCACCACACCCGUCGCCGACGCAGGAAAAGUUUCACAUGGUAUUGUCCUCAAAGGGUUGGAUAUAUUGUUCUCCCCGACCCUUGA